AAAUGUGUUGGUAUCAACGUGACUUGCGUAUUUGUAGCUAUAUGUGCCAUCAAUUUAAAAAUCCCCAGGCAAUAAUAAUUGAUUCAUUAGCUGCCAAUUACAUAUUUCAAUUGGGUAGCAUCAUUAUUGAAAUUAAUAUUAGGACAAGUGCCAAUAACACCAAGAUCAAUCCACCUUUAUAAAAUAUUUAAUUCUUAAAUUAUCAUAAAAUUUUUUCCUUGAUUCAUAAUAAAAAAAAAUAUAAACCCUACAACAAAGAAAUAAAUAAAUAAAAAAAUAAAAAUAAGAGUGAUAUUGAAACUUUCUAUUUUUAAUAUGAAGCAAAAGAGUUUUGAUUUUGCAAAUGAAUAUAUUUCAACUUAAAAUAGAUUGAUCAUACGUAUGCAUCGUAUGUAUAUGUGUAUAUUUUUAACGUAAAUACUAGAACGAUGAAAGUGGCUUUCCAGUGAAAAAAAAGAAAGAAAAAAAAACAGUUGACUUGAUAUUUAUAAAAUAUAAUAAUAAUUAAAACAACAAUAACAAAAUAAAACACAAAUUUCAAGUGUUAUUUCUACUGAUUGUGACCUUGGAGCAACAACAGAGAUCAAGACUAGCUAGUGUCCUCGUCAUCAUCAUCAUUAAUACCAUCAUUAUCACCAUCAUAUCAUCACACCAUGGCGGAGGAUGAAAUUCUUCCAGUAGAUAUUAUUUAUUGUAUGGCCAAGGAUGGUUUAUCAAUGGCACUUUACACUCAUCUAAGUGAAAAAUCUGAUGAUGUUUCUAAUUCACUAAUUAAUCAGGUUGUUGAACAAGAUGGACAAAGAACAAGUCCAUUUAUAAUUGCAGCACGUCAUGGACAAGAUAAAGUUAUUAAAAUGUUGCUUGAUAAAUAUAAACCAGAUUUGGAGCAAGAAGGUACUGUUAAAUUUGAUGGAUAUAUUAUUGAAGGUGCAAGUCCACUUUGGUGUGCAGCAGGAGCUGGACAUUUAAAUGCUGUUAAAACUCUUGUUAGAGCUGGAGCUGAUGUUAAUCAUCCAACAAAUACAAGUUCAACACCACUAAGAGCAGCAUGUUUUGAUGGUAGACUUGAUAUUGUUAGUUAUUUAACACAACAUGACGCUAAUAUACAUUUAGCAAAUAAAUAUAAUAAUACAUGUCUCAUGAUUGCUGCUUAUAAAGGCCACUUUAAUAUUGUAUCAUUUUUACUUGAAAAUGGAGCUGAUCCAAAUGAAAAAGCAUUAUGUGGUGCAACAGCUUUACAUUUUGCAUCAGAAUGUGGUCAUUGUUCAAUUGUUAAAAUUUUACUUAAAUUUGGAGCUAAAAUAAUGAAAAAUGAAAUUGGUAUGACACCACUUAUUGUUGCUGCUGAACGUACAAGAUCAAGUGUUGUUGAAACCCUAGUUGAUGAUAAAUAUGCAACAAAAGAAGAAAAAAUUGAAGCAUAUGAAUUACUUGGUGCAUCAUUUGCAAAUGAUAAAGAUAAUUAUUGUCUAACAAAAGCAUAUUAUUAUUUACAUGAAGCUAUGAAGUUAAGAUACAGUGAUCCUGAUAAUAUAAUUUAUAAAAAAAUAAUUGAACCAGUACCAGCAUAUGAACAUUGGCAUGAAUCAGAAACACUAGCAUCACUUGAAAAUAUACAAUAUGAUGCAAAUUCAAUACAUAUGGAAUCAUUAUCAAUACGUGAACGUAUAUUAGGUAAACAUAAUCCAGAAGUACCACAUCCAAUUGUUUAUAGAGGUGCUGUACUUGCUGAUAAUGCUAGAUUUGAUAGAUGUAUUGAUUUAUGGCUACAUGCAUUAAAAUUAAGACAACAAAAUAAUAUAUCUGUUGCCAAAGAUUUAUUAAGAUUUGCUCAAGUAUUUUCACAAAUGGUACAUGUUGGUAUUGAUUUACAAUUUUUUCAAGUUAUGAAUGUACUUGAAGCAAGUAUCAUUGAACUUGGUAAAAAUAAAUUAAAAAUAGAUAAUCCAGAUAUUAAAGAAGACAUUGAACAAUAUAUUGAAGAAUCAGAAUCAAAUAUAACAUCAACAUUAUAUAUAUUAACAAUAUUAGUUAAAUUAAUGACAUUAAAUGAAAAAGCAUAUGAAAAAGAUAUGAUUGAAAAAGCACGUUUUCUUGUACAUAAAUUAUGCUCAUUAAAAAUGACAUUACGUGAUGGACAAACAUUUUUACAUCUUGCUGUUAAUUCAAAAACACCAGUUGAUGAUUUUCAUACAAAUGAUGUAUGUAAAUUUCCAUGUUCAGCAACAUCAAAAUUAUUAAUACAAUGUGGUGCUGAUGUUAAUGCAAUGGAUAAUGAUAGAAAUACACCAUUACAUUUAAUAGUUACAUAUCAAAAACCAAUUAGUGAUUUUAUGACAUUACAUUGUAUUAUACUUGAAUUAAUUGAAGCUGGUGCACAUAUGGAUACAAUUAAUUGUCAAGGUGAAUCACCAUAUGAUGCAGCAACAACUGGUGUUGCUGAAAUUAUAUUACGUACACAAACUAAAUUAUCAUUACAAUGUAUGGCUGCUAAAGCUGUUAAAACAUAUAAUUUAUCAUAUGCUGGUAAUGUACCAAGAUCACUUGAAAGUUUUAUUGAACUUCAUGGUCCUGGAUUACAUCAGGGAUAAUAAAUAAUAAUAAAUAUUAUAUAUUAAAUAAUUAAGUUACAUUAAAUCAAUCAGAUCAAAGUCCUUAUGUCAAUCCAAUUGGAUUCUUUGGGUUCCGGGUGUUUUUACAAUUUUAUUUUAUUGGUUUUAGGCUCUUUGAAAAAUUUAUUAACCAAAGCCUAUUUUAAUUUUAACAAUUUGUAACAAUUAUUAUUGUAAAGGCACCAGAACCACAAGAAAAAAAAAAAAAGAAAUUAUCACUCGAAUUGGCUUUUGACCUGGUUGAUUUGAAAUAGCUUGACCCCUAUAUAUAUAUAUAUGUAUAAUUUUUAUGAAUAAAUUAACAAUAUUUUAAUGUUUAACUUAUCGUAAAAAAAAAUCGUCAAUUUGUACUAUUAGACUGAAAAAACUAAGAGUUUAAAAAUAAUUUAUAAUUAAAACAAAAAAAAAAAACCAACAAAUAAUUGUAAUUUAUUUUUCCUAGUUAAUAAUUAAAACAAAAAAAUACUAUAAUUUUAAA